UUUUUAAAAAAUUUAAUUUUAUUUUUUUACAUUUUUUGUUUGUUUGUUGGUUUUUUUCCUUCUGCUCCUUACAGCCUUCGGAACCAACCGGGGCGGGAUGGGAGUGUCUUCUUGGCUCUGGAAAUCAAUCCUCCUACCUCGUCCCGGAGCCGCCCGCCGCCCUUCCCGGGCCCUCCCUUCUCAGUGAUUUUCCUGUCGUCCGGGACGCCGGGCGAGGAAGGAGGGCACGCGGCAGGAGUCCGCCCCGCCCGAAAGUCCUUGCAAGUGAAGAAGCAGCAAGAUCUUCCAUGUUGGGUUAUUUCUGGCAGUGAAGCCUUAACAGCUCAGCAGACAGCUUCCUGAGGAUUCAAGUUCUGCACCCCCAUCCCUCUUCUCCGCAUUCUUAAUCUUCGGGAAAGGAGGGGCCCUCGGGAGAACAGAUUCCUACAAGUGGAGGCAGGCCAGCCAUGAGAGCGUAUCUUGUGGCCAUAUUCUUGAGUGCCGUCUUCCUCUAUUACGUGCUACACUGUAUCCUGUGGGGAACAAAUGUCUAUGGGGUGCCACCUGUGGAAAUGAAGCCGAGAAAAAAGGUCCAGCCUUGUUUAGAAAGGCCAGCUUUUGCCUCUCUCCUGAGGUUUUCCCAGUUUCACCCAUUUAUGUGUGGGAGUGAUUUUGAACAGUUAGCUGCCGUGUCUCAGAACGAUAGGUAUGGUCUGCCCUAUGGGAUAAGAACAUCAGUGGGACAUUUUCGAUUUGCUCUUUCAAGACUGCAGACUUGUGACCUCUUUGAUGAGUUUGACAAAGAGCCCUGUAAAAAGUGUGUGGUGGUUGGCAAUGGAGGAGUUUUGAAGAAUAAGACAUUAGGGGACAAAAUCGACUCCUAUGAUGUAAUAAUAAGAAUGAAUAACGGUCCCGUUGUGGGACACGAAGAGGAAGUUGGGAGAAGGACAACCUUCCGACUGUUUUAUCCAGAAUCUGUUUUUUCAGAUCCCAGUCACAAUGACCCUAACACUACGGCGGUUCUCGUUGCUUUUAAGCCGCUUGACUUAAAGUGGCUGUUUGAAUUGCUGACGAGCGGCAACAUAGACACGAAUGGUUUUUGGAAGAAACCAGCCUUAAAUUUAAUCUAUAAGCCACACCAAAUCAGAAUAUUAGAUCCCUAUAUUACCAGAACAGCAGCUCAUGAUCUGCUUCGUUUUCCCAAAGCGUUUCCCAGGCGCCAGAAACCCAAGCACCCAACAACAGGAAUUAUUGCCAUCGCCCUGGCAUUCCACAUAUGCCAUGAAGUUCACCUAGCUGGUUUCAGAUACAACUUCUUAGACAUAGACAGUCCUUUGCACUACUACGGGAAUGCCACCAUGGCUUUGAUGAGUAAGAAUGCGUAUCACAAUGUGACUGCAGAACAGCUCUUUUUGAAGGACAUUAUAGAAAAAAGAUUGGUAAUCAACUUGACUCAAGAUUGACCAUAGAUUCCAAAUAAGAUGCUCUAACAGUAUUAGUUUUAUUUUUGUACUGCAAUUUUUAGUUUAUUUUUAAAUACGUUGGAUGAACUCAUCAAAUAAUUAUGUAUAUUAAGUUUGUUGUUGCCUGGUGAUUUAUAACCACCAGCUUAAUUUCUGUGAAUAUAUUUAUGAAAACUAAGAAACAUUUUGUUAGAUGGCAGGGAAAUAAGUAGUUUUGAUUGCCUUAUGUUUUCAAAAUAAGCUAGUUUUCGAGGUGUUUUUAAACAUCACUUUAUAGUUACUUCAUCUCAACUUUUGAAGGGAUGCGAAUUCCCAAAGGGAUUUAGUCGACUAAUUUUGUCUGUAACAUGCCAUUUUCUCGAGUUGAGUCCGUCACUUUAUACCUGGCGUGUAGGGAAGUGGCGUGACUGAGCCUGGUGUAGAAAACUGGAGCUGCACAGCUGUGGAAGCCCACGAUCAUAAUGGUUUAAUUCUUCCCCCUUUCUGUAAUUAGUCAACCAUGAUUGUAAUGAGUCAUAAUUAGCUGGAGACUGAACCUGAACCUUGCAUAUGCUAGCAAGCACGGACACUGAGCGCCGUCCCCAGCCCUUGGUUUUAUUGACAGAGUCUCACCCUGAACUCUAUCCUCAGCGUUCCAAGUGUUAGGAUUAGAGAUUGGGGGGUGGGGGGUCACCAUGCCAUGCUGCACCAUUGUUAAAGUUGUUUUUUAAAGUUUAACUUUGUACAACGAAGCUAAGCAGGGGUAGCUGAAAUACUACCCCCCUCCCUGGUUUAAUGUAUUCAUUAAAUCUUACAAGUUUAUCUGGAAUAAAUGAGGAAGGGUAGGAAAACAACCAAAGUAAAGCCUUCAGAGAGCAGCCAGACUGUUUCCUGUUUGUAUUUGUAUGGGAAAAAAAAAAUUCACAUGAGAACAUUUAGUCUUUGAUGACGUGCUUUCCAGGCCAACUUAGGUCCCCCAUGAAGAAGACUCUGCAAACAGGGUCGUCCUAUGAACGAGGCGCCCUUCCCAACUGUUAAUACAAACCGUCCAAUGCUUGACGAAGUUAGAGGAGAAAGAACUGCAGAGGUUAUGGGCAUUAAAAGCUGCUGCUAGACGA